GGCUUUUGUCUUGCCUGCCGCCGCUGCUUGUCGGAGCCGUGAGCUCGCGGGUUCUCACUUAGCAGGAAUGUUAAUUGCAAUCCAAACCCCGAUGAUGUCAGUGCAGAAGUAUUCGGAAAACAAAGAGCGGGCAGCCGCGGCCGAGCGAGCGAGCGAGGCAGGCAGGCGAGGGAACUCGACCCAGGCAGCGCAGAUGGCAAUUUGCUGAGUGCGCUUCGGGCGAUCGCUCGCUCUCCCAUUUCGGCAUGGACGAAGGUUUUUCCGGGGAGGUGUGCCGGGUUUCUAAGCCUCCCUUCUUCAGUCCCGAGGACAGAGCGAGAAAACUUCUCGCAGGCCAUUAAGCGAGCGAGCAAACAGACGGGCGCACAAAAGGCGGCGCGCGGCGCUUAAAGGAGAGACCGCGAUCCCGGGGAAAAUAUUCAUUAGGCUAGACAUUGGCUACUAAAUAUUGGGAACAGUUGUUUCUUGGUGUGCCUUUGGAAAGCGCUGCAGUGGACAGCCAAGAGUUGAGGAUGAGGACAGCUGAGGAUUCCUCUGGGACUGUCCUUCACCGCCUCAUCCAAGAGCAGCUGAGAUAUGGCAACCUCACAGAGAAUCGCACACUCCUGGCAAUCCAGCAGCAUGCCCUACGUGGUGGCGGUGGUGGAGGAGGAAGUGGUGGGAGCCCACGGUCCUCGCUUGAAAGUCUCACCCAGGAAGAGAAUCAGAUGGUUCAGCAGUCCACAAGGCAGGAGCCCCAGGGCCAGGAAUAUCACAGCGAUCACCUGUAUUUGGAGAAUAACAUCUAUCGGCUCUACCAGCCUCAGCAGAAGGGAGAGGAGCUCCCCACCUAUGAGGAAGCUAAAGCUCAUUCCCAGUAUUAUGCCUCACAACGAGGGCAACAGGCUGGAGUAGCCUUGUCUGGGGUACACACUGAAGGAGGGCAACGGAGCAGGGUUUAUGCCUCAGAUGUCAGCAGCAAACACCAGGAUGAGUCCCUGAAAGAGCUGAAACAUGGACAUGUGCGGUCACUUAGUGAGCGGCUCCUGCAGAUGUCACUUGAGAGGAAUGGAGCCAAAUCUCAGAACCACAUGAGCUCCUCUCACAGCUACCCUCAGCUUUCUAAGAACCAUCAGUUCUCUGUCUCCAGAGGAAAGUCAUCUGAGACACCAGAGGCCUGUGGCCCUCCUCCAGAGUAUCCCUAUCUCAUCCCUUCACAGGAGGCAUCAGGUGGUUACCUUCCUGACCCCAGGCAUCAGUAUAGAGAAAGUCCAGGAUUUCAGCAUCCUGACAUCAGGGUGAUGCAGGCUCAGAUGUCCCAAGCAUUCCUGCCACAGCAGGCUGCCCUAUGCCAUAGCCCUUUGGGAUCCCUGACAGGCAUGGAGGCUGUUAUGUCAGCCCAGGCUGCUUCUGCCAGUAACCACUUGUCCCAAAUAGAAGCUGUGUUGAUGGAGAAUGAGAAGUUGGCGAGAGAGAAUGAGAAGUUUCACAGGGAAAAUGAGAUGCUGCGGCGGGAACUGGAAAGCUGCAGUGAGAAAGCCAGCCGAAUCCAGAAGUUGGAAACAGAGAUUCAGCGAAUUUCAGAGGAUUAUGAAAACCUUAUGAAAGCUUCCUCAAAGCGAGAGACAUUGGAGAAGGCCAUGAGGAACAAGAAGGAUGGGGAGAUCAGGAGGAUGCAGGACUUCAACCGUGAUCUGAAAGAGCGAUUGGAAUCUGCGAACAAGCAGUUGACCAGCCGGGCACAAGAAAACCAAGAUGGCAACCAAGGGACUAUGGCAAAACUUGUUGCUCAGAAUUAUGAGUACCAGCAAGAAAGGGAGAAGUUACAGCGGGAAGUUGCACGGCUACAUGGUGCCAAUGAAGAUCAACGUCGGCGAGCAGAGCUGCUGGAACAGGCUCUGAGCAGUGCCCAGACACGGGCUGCCAAAAUGGAGGAUGAGCUGCGGAAAAAGCGAGCAUAUGUGGAGAAAGUGGAGAGAUUGCAGCAAGCACUAGUGCAGCUCCAGGCAGCUUGUGAGAAGCGUGAACAGCUGGAAAUGCGUCUCCGCACUCGCCUGGAGCAGGAGCUGAAGAUGCUACGGGCUCAGCAGAGACAGAUGGGAGCGCCUUGUGGAGGACCCCCUGAAUUGAAUGCACACAUCCUCUCUGAACAGCUGAGAGAAAAAGAAGAGAAGAUCCUAGCCUUGGAGGCUGAUAUGACCAAGUGGGAACAAAAGUAUCUAGAAGAGUGCACCAUGAGGCAGUUUGCAAUGGAUGCUGCAGCCACAGCUGCCGCGCAACGGGACACCACCAUCAUUAACCACUCCCCACGCCACUCCCCCAAUAACAGCUUUGAUGAGGACCUUUUGCUGGCAAACCACAAGCAUCAGGAGAUGGAGAACAGGUUGAAAGAACUUCAUGCUCAAAUACUUGAGAAAGAUGCUGUCAUCAAAGUCCUGAAGCAGCGCUCUCGUAAAGAUCCAGCUAAGGCUCACCAGGGCUCCUUGCGGCCUGCCAAGUCUGUGCCAUCCAUUUUCACAGCGUCAGGAGCCCAGUAUUGGCCAGGCACCUCUGCCAGUGACCGUGUUUCCCAAGGGAGUCCAGCACCUAAAGCCUCAGCAGAAAGCCUCAUCCCAUCAACUUGUGUCUCCUUCCAUAGCAAACAUGGCAGCAAAGAUGGAAGUACACAAACGGAAGGCUUGCCCGAAAGCAUCCAGGAUGAUGACACUGAGUGCCACCAACUUGAAAGCAGUAGCGUUACAGCCAGUUCCCUAGAGACUUUGCCAGCUGCUAAAGCCCUGGACCUGUCAGAUAUGGUGGAGAUUCUCAUCUGAGAAGGACAGUGACUUUUCUGUGCACAUUAUGUGCCCAAGCCUAGCUACUACUACUCUGCUUUAGCAGAUUGCUGUCUUAUCAGUGGACAGUAAUGGACUGAUGGAGCAAAGACUGAGGCCACUUUGACAGCCUGCCCAAAGUGGGACAAAGGACUUUGCAAGAGAAGCUGGAGGACAACGUUAAGUAGAUCAUUGCCUUUGGAGAGCUGUGAAACUACAACAACAGAACCAACAUCUCUGGGUUGUGAGCACCCUUUGUUUGCCAUACAGAUUCCUUCCUUCUUUUUCCUCCAGUGGACUGUGCAACAGCUGGAGGGCUGUGUAAUGAGGCUGGGGCUGGCACACAGCGGUAGCUGCUCCACCUUUCUUUUGCCACUGGCUUUCCCAAGAGAUGGAUAUGCAAAUUGGGAAAGGCAGGUUGAAUCUUAUGCUGCCAGGGAGUGGCACUACAGAUGGCAGUAUGGUGAGUGGCGCUGAAAAAGAGGCAGACGCCGGCCUGUUUUGUGGGGCUCCUGGCAGGUUCCUGGACCUGAAGUGUAAGCUAUCCUAUUCAAAGAGGGUUUGCCUGGUGCUGCUGUGGGUAGAUUGAAAUUCCCGCACCGUCUCCUUCCCCCAAAUCCACUUUUCACCUCCCAAGAGGAGGGGCUGCUGCAGAUAAUUGGGGAGUAAGUUCUCUUACCAUUUUCUGGGCAAGAACACAAGGCCUGCCAUAGGUACUGGGGAAGAAGGAGGUGGUAGACAAAUGAAUGCCACUUCCAUUUUUGUUUUUGUAAAUAAUCUCUUAAGUACAAGCCCAGUAGCAAUCAACAUUACGGCCACGAUCCCGCUGUUUUGCUUCUUUUUGCCCCCGUUCUGUUUAUUUGCAGUGGAUCUGCCUGAUCUCUCUGUUUUGCUCCAUAUUACUUAAAACUGUUCUCUCCCCAACCCCCUUAGUCUUGUUUUUAGAUUUCUCUCUAGUGUUUGCUUUUUCUUUUCCUCCGUUUAAUAUCCUGUUUGUCCAGAGUUAAAUAUCCGCCUUCAGAGUCCUUCAAAUUCCAUUUCCUUUGAAGCAAUUUCCCAUGAUGCUUCAGACUGGAAUUUCCCUGCACUUUGUUUAAACAGCAGUGCAGGAAUGAGAGCCAAGUGUUUCAUUUCUGUUCAUGCCUGUUGCUGUUUCCAAGUUGUUCUCUUCUAAACUGGAUGCAUCCCCAUGUGGUGUAGAUCAGCACAGCUGCAUUUGGGAUGAAUGGCCCUGAUUCCCUGGCUGGUGUAAGAGCACUGGGGUCAUUGCAUCAGCAGGGAAAACCAGCUGGUCCCAAGUAAAAUCUGGACUGGAGUCCUUACAGAGAGAAAUGAUCAUGGUUUGCAUUAGAAAGAACUCAAAAAGUGAAUCGGAAACGACUCUGAGAGCAUGGGUGAAGUAUGAUGCGGUAUGUGUGCGGGGGUUUGUGUUGAGCUGGUAUGUUUGUGAAGUGGGCCAAGUAGCCAGCAUGUAGGAGUAUUUUUCCCCAUAAAGAAUUAAAGGGCAUUUGAGAGAGUGAUGUGAGUGCAUAUGGAGGUGAAGAACAAUUUUAUAAACCAAGUGUGUUUUUUAGAACUACUACUGGAUAUUAAGUACAGAUAUUUCCCUGCCUUUCUUUGGAAAGGAAUCACUCCAGCAUCUGCAGUAAAAUCUUUUUAACGCUCACCUGCCUACUGACAGCUGGCUUCUGACAGUAGCUGAAUUUGAUACGAAUGCAUUACUCACUCCGUCGAACUUGGGUGCUUUCUUGAGUCUGCCUUAAUACACUUCCAUCUUUGCCUUUAUCUCUGUUAAACAUGUGCAUUUGCUGGACAACUGCAUUUUUAAAAAGCAGGAAAAAAAAUCCCCCUCCGUAAGUAUGUAAAAAGUGUUCAGUUAUUGUGCGUUGUUUACAAAGUGAAAAACAAAGCAAAAAAAAGUUACGAGAAAGAGAAACACAGCUUAAUAUAUUGCAUAUUAAUAUUUGGUAUUCCUUUUUAAGUAUUUUUGUGCUGUGAACUUUUUUCUGCCAAAGACAGUGAGGGGUGUUUUUUUUGUUUUUGAUUCAUUUUAAGUUAUCUUAAGUAUUUAAAUGUAAACCUGACUUUUAUUAUGCCACCCUAUACCGAGAUUGCUGUAGCAUUCCACUUGGUAUAACAAUAUUUUAAUAAAAAAAGUUGUCUAAUAA